GCAGUAGUCUGAUUGUAGUAGAAUUCUAUAAACCACAUGUUUCACAUCACUGCCCUAUUUAUAUUGCAGAUGACACUCCUUCAACAAGUGGCAAUGAAUUUCUCAGUAAGAAAACCCCAAUUAUUUUGCUUUAAGAUCAGUUGUAAUAUAGAACUUUCUGCGGAUCAGUUUGAUUAACUUUCAACUUCAUCCAUUACAGGUGCAGCAGAGGCCUUUGGUAAAGCCAAGAAACUACUACAGCCUCAAGUAAAGAAAAGGCAAUUUCCAUUGAAUGAUAAACGUUUGGACCAUGGCAAAUCAUUAUUGAAGGUCAGAAUGGCUCCCAUGGAGUGGAAACCAAGAACUCUUAGAAAGUGUGGACGGUACCAGAAGUUAAUAAUGGACGAAGCUCCACCUCGAAUCAUCCUGCAAGGCCAUGAAACCUAUGAUGAUUUAAUUACCAUAGCCAAAGAACGCUUCUGGCCAGAGCGUACUGAGGGGAGUGAGUUCACUCUUUGCCAUUCUGACAGGACCAGGUGGAGUAAGGAGGAUUUCCACAAAGAAUACAGAACUGUUUCUGAUAUUACACAUCUGUGGAAAAGAACACUAUACAUCGGGCGAAGACAACUGGGUAAUAAAGUGAUCAAUAUUGCUAUUAACUACUGUCUAGCACUCGAUUUUGUAUGGUAUGAAAUAAUUUUACUUUUUGUACAGAGGUCGUGUGUUUGGAUGAUCAAAGUUCCAUCUCAGGUGUGUGCCUGCCCAAACCAAAUUGAAUAUUUUUGAUGUUAUGAUUGAACAUGGUACACGUACUAUGGUGGGCAUUCAGACAUAUUGCAAUUAAUGUGUUAUUUUACAGAUGAAGACCCUGUAACUAAAGUGGGUGGUGAUGAAAGUUGCAGUUUAGGUGAAUGCCUGGACAUCUAACUAAAUCAUUAAAAUUGACUUCUUAUUUUGUUUGCAUUACAUCUCCAAUCUUUACACACUUGUUUACUAUGCUUGGUCAUUGCACAGUUGUAAUAUGCAUCUUAUUCUGCAGAUGAACUUCCUGAAACCCUCAUAGGACAAAAUGUUGCAGAACAGUGUAUCUUCCACGUGUUCCAUAUGUGGAAGAGGCUUUAAUUACAUACAGCGAGGACAAUCUACUGGGAGAAGGGACAUUUGGCAAGGUAUAUAGAGGUUCUUUUCAUGGUACUCCAGCAGCUGUUAAAAGGAUCAUGUGUGGCCAACAAGGGAUGGAGGACAGCGACAUUCAUCAUGAGAUAAAUGUUUCACUGAGACUGUCUCACCCCAACAUCGUCAGACUCAUGGCAGUUGCCCGCACUGAGUCCUGCUUUUUGUUGGCAGCUGAAUACAUUCAUGGCGCAACCCUGCAGCAAGUGCUUCACACAGACAGCUGCUUGGUGAAGCUUGAAGGGGAUGAUGCCGGUUUCAUAUCACUGGACUUAUCCAUGGCAGUAGAGUACAUCCAUGCACAGAGAAUCAUUCACCAGGAUAUAAAGCCAGCAAAUGUCAUGGUUCACCACCCUUCUAAGAAGGCAGUCCUGACAGACUGGGGCAUGGCAAACAUAAGAGACACUGUGAUGCUUCGUCAAGGGAGUAAGUUCACUGCCCAGGCUAUUGGUCCAGCUGGUGGCACACAUCUUUACAUGGCUCCUGAAUGCAUACUGAUGUUUGAAGAGGCCUCGUUCCAGACAGACAUGUGGUCCCUCGGAGCCACGUAUCUAGAGAUCCUGACGGGGUCCGCUCCGUGGAUUGUUAAAAAACAAAGAGAACUGGCUGCACCAAAACCCCACCACAUGCCCUAUCACAUCUCAGUGACAAACACAGUUGGCUACAGCCGAUAUGGCUACAAGUGGUAA